CAUCCAGCAGAUGUACAAUGCACAAUGGCGACUGCUCAGAAAGAUGCAAAUGCAUUUGAUGAUGCCUCACAUCACAAAUCAGGGCAUGAUCCUUUUGGGCGGCUGGAGUACAUGGUGAUUGAUGCUUUCACUGACCGCCCCUUUGCGGGCAAUCCGGCCGCUGUACUCCAGCUGCCCUGCUGGCCCGAAGAUACAGCAUGGCUGCAGCUUGUGGCAAACGAGUUCAACCUCUCUGAAACAGCCUUUUUAGUAAAGCGCGAUGUCAAGAGCGGAGGGGCUGUAGCUGCCAGCGUGUCACAAGAUUCAGCAAGCACGCCGGCGUCAGAGAAGGAGUCAGCUGACUUUGACCUGCGGUGGUUCACCCCAACUGUGGAGGUUGACCUCUGCGGCCAUGCCACUCUCGCCUCCGCCCACUUCCUCUGGGCCAGCCGCACAUCACAAGCAUCUCUCAUCAGGUUCCACACCGCCAGCGGUGUGCUGACUGCUCGGCGCGUGAACUCUGACUCCCCCUCUCCUUCAAGCAGUGGAGACCUACAAGUAGGACCAAUUGAACUGGACUUUCCUACGGUGGCCCCGGAACCCUGCCCCGAUUUGCAAGACAAGGUGGCAGAUGCGUUGGAAACCUCGGCGAUCAUCGCGGUCAUGCGCAGCCGCUUUGAUGUCCUGGUCGAGCUGACGGACGUGGACAGCGUAAGGAGGAUCACACCAGACUUUCGCAGCCUGGCGGCAGUCAGUGGCCGUGGUGUCAUUGUGACAGCCGCAGCAGGGACAGCCCCAAUUGACGGGAGACAAGUGGACUUUGUCUCUCGAUUCUUUGCACCGGCAAGCGGUAUUGACGAGGACCCAGUGACUGGCAGCGCCCACUGUACACUGGGACCAUACUGGGCUGAAAAAAUGGGAAAGGUCGAGCUCUUGGCUUAUCAGGCCUCUCGACGAGGAGGCCAUCUGAAAGUCAUUGUGGAUUCAGAUGCGCGCCGGGUACGCUUACAAGGUACAGCUUUUGUGACUACGAGUGGCAUCCUCCGGGAUGCGAAUCUGGCAUUUCAGACUUUGAAGUAGGCUUGAAAGCAGGGCAGAAGAACAAACCUGCGCCCGGAGCUUGACAGCGACAAGCUCAGAGCUUAUAGCCAUUGAUCACCUACGACAACGUCGGGGCGGAGAUUGUUUUUUUGCAGCGGAUGCCUUCUCAAAAAAUCCUUCUCGUUGAUGAGCUCGAGUUCGUUUGCACCUGGG